AAGCCUACCUAGCUGCUAGUAGCUCUCUUGAGACUUGAGAUCUUAACUUUGGUGUGACUCGUGAGCUCCCCAUGGCUUCGUCCACUGUCUGGCAGUGCCUUGUUGCUCUCUCCCUCUUCUCCUCCGCCGCCUACGGCUACGGCUACGGGGAUGGCAACAGCAACAACAGCGGCAACGGCAACGGCUACGGUAACGGGCAGCUGGAUCCCAAGUUCUAUGAAAAGAGCUGCCCUCCUCUGGGGUUCAUCGUGCGCGUGAGCAUGAUCAAGGCCGUCCUUAGGGAACGCCGCAUGGGCGCCUCCCUCCUCCGCCUCUUCUUCCAUGACUGCUUUGUUCAGGGUUGUGACGGAUCUAUCCUUCUGGACGACGUGCCGGCGAGUAACUUCACCGGCGAGAAGACCGCCUUCCCCAACGUCAAUUCCGUCCGCGGCUUCGAUGUCAUCGACGAUAUCAAGAGGAAUGUGGAGUACGUCUGCCCGGGCGUCGUGUCCUGUGCCGACAUCCUCGCCUUGGCCGCACGGGAGGGCACAGUUCUGCUCGGCGGGCCAAGCUGGGCGGUGCCGCUGGGCCGGCGGGACUCGACGACGGCGAGCCUGGACGGCGCGAACAGCGACCUCCCGGGGCCGACGCUGAACCUGACCGAGCUCAUCCAGUCAUUCGCCAACAAGAGCCUGAGCCCGCGCGACCUCACGGCGCUCUCGGGCGCGCACACCAUCGGCUUCUCGCAGUGCGUCUUUUUCCGGGAUCACAUCUACAACGACACCAACAUCGACCCCGUGUUCGCCGCCGGGCUACAGCGGAACUGCCCGGCCCCGGCGGGCUCCGGCGAUACCAACCUGACGCCGCUCGACGCGCAGACGCGGUUCGUCUUCGACAACGCCUACUACCCCAACCUCGUGGCGCGGCGGGGCCUUCUGCACUCCGACCAGGAGCUCUUCAACGGCGCCGCCCAGGACGAUCUGGUGCGGCAGUACAGCGCCGACAGCGCGCUCUUCUUCGCCGACUUCGUGGCCGCGAUGAUCAAGAUGGGGAACAUCACCCCGCUCACCGGAAGCGCCGGCGAGAUCAGGCGUAACUGCAGGGUCGUCAACAACAGCUGAUCAAUCCUUUCUUUCAGACUCCCGGGCUCCGGCAGAAACAACUUAUUUACGUCGUUCGUCGUGAAAUAUUUACGUGAUUUAUCAUAUGCGAGAGCAAGGAAUUUAUCGUCAGAAGUUUGUAUAACUUUGUAUUUUUGUUUUGGUUCAAAAUCACACGUCUGUAAUAAGUGCCCCAUCCAUCCCAUAAUAUAAAAGUGUUUUUCACACUACACUAGUGUCAAAAACGCUCUUAUAUUAUGGGACAGAGGGAAUAGUACAUUGUACGCCCGAGAAUUUUCUGCCAUUAACCACUAUUGUUACC